CCCUUCUGCCUCUCCCCUCCCCCCCCCUGGCCCCUCCCAAUUGCCUCCCCCCUCUCUCUGUCUCCUCUUUCUCCCUCCCUCUGCACAGAUCGCCAUGCUCUCUCGGUCUGUUGGUCUGGUUCGCGUGGCCAGCGCGCGCCCGCUUCUGCGCACCCUCAGCCGCCCGUUCUCUUCGGCGGCCACCCCGCCGGGAGCCGCUGUCGGCUUUGAUGAGGACUACGUCGACGAGCCGCCCACCGAGGAGGAGCCUGCCCCGGCCAAGGCCGGCUUCGUCAAGUCGCCGCUGACCCGGCGCCAGCCGGCGGCCUCUGCCGGGGCCUGGUACGCCGAGCUGCUGGAGGUUUCGCCGCUCGUGGCUCCGUCGGUCGACCCGGCCGACAUGUACCUCGACCAGGCGGCCGCCCUGGCCCAGAAGGAAUCCAUCACGGCCUGGGUCAAGGGCAAGAUCGCCGAGGUCGGCAUGGCCCAUGGUGUGUCUGAUGGGUCGCUCGGUGACCGGGAGAGCAAGUUUAAGGUCCUGGCCGAGCUUGAGAAGGGCUUCGGCUUCCGCGUGCCCAACCACAUCCUCACCUCGGUGGCCAGCAUGGACGACGUGGCUGCCUUCUACACCCCGGUCCUGACUUCGCCGAUCCAGAGCGCCCUGGUGCCGACCGCCACCUCCGACAUGAUCGACAUCCCGGCCAACUUGAUUUUCACCACCUCGGUCCGGCGCAAGUCCGAUGACAACUGAGUGCCCGCUGUCUCUCGUCGCCUCUCUCUCUCUCUCUCUCUUUC